UUUUCUGAAGAUGACAGAAGGGGUUAAUGCUGAUGGAUUUCAUGGGAAUGUUGAUUCCUUGGCAAACACUGGUAUAAGUAGCAUCUCUGAUGGUGUUAUUAGUUCGUCCCCUAGUGUGGUUGUGCAGAGAGUUGAUUCUGAUAUUCCAACAUGGAAUUUAACUGCUGCUGAUGCGCUUGAGAGUAAAGAAAGCCAUCCAUAUUUAGAUAUUUCAACGGAACCGCUGCUCGCUGAUGAUCCUCUAAAACAGAUUGAUGUAUUAAACACUCCACCUAAACAAAUGGACCCAGCUAAGAACAUGUUGAGAGAUGAAAAUCCAAUGUUAAGUGGGGCUAUCAAUGAGAAUUCUAGUGAUUUACUUUUAGGAGGAGACAUUUCUUUAAAAUUUGGUUUACCAAGCAUGUUUGAAGGUACUGGAGAUGGUCUGAAUUCUGGUUUACUGGAUGACAAUAUCCUGCAAGACGGGAGCUUAGAGAUGAAAGAGGCCAGUUAUGUAAAUUAUGGUGAUGCUGUGACAGGGGAGGAUCACCAACCUGAGAGUGUGAAAAAGUGGAGAGGAUCACCGAGAAAAGCCAGUGAGGCACACGCUACUAAGUUGGAUUCUGGGUCAGAUGUAGAGAGACGAGUGAUGCGGAAGAGCACUCUACAGCAAAGAGAGAGAGGGCCAGAAAGUACAAAAUCUCCCUCAAAACAGAUAAAGGGUAAAGAAGGACCUGCAGCUACAGCUGUAAAAUCUCAAGUUAGUUGGGAAAGUGGCAAUGCACCACCGAGACGAACUCUGAAAACUUACUCAAAGAGUGAUAGAGCUGCGGCAAAAAUGAAAAAGAAGCAAUCAUCCUCAGACUCAGAAGAGGAGUUAGAAGAGAGGACUUUAAAGCAGAUACAAGAAGAGAUGAGGCAAAAAGUAAAGGAAGCCAAACAAGAAAUCAAACUUAAAGAUACUGAUGUGAAAAAACACCGGCAUGGUUCUCAUCCUGGGAAGGAACCAGGACCCAAACAAUCUGUUAGGAAAAGGCGGUUUAGUGAAAGCGAUAAAUAUCAUAAACCAGAAAACCAGACUCACCAAAGUGAGAAAAAACAGAGUGGAAAUGAAAAAACAAAUGACCACACAAACGAGAAACAUCCUGGCCAACAUGAAAAACAUGUUAAACAAGAUCAGCAUGAUUCUCAUAAGUCACAUAAACAUGAAAUAAAGAGGCAGUGUUCAGUGCCUAAUGAACCCAUUUUGUUCACUCCUGAUAUUGUGAUGAAAUCAGGAAAGGGAGAAACACCAGAAAUAAACAGUGAAAAUCAGAUUAAAAAAAUAGAUGACAAACGAAAAUCUGGAGAUCGAAGAAACGAAGAAAAGAAGACUAGUCACAAAGAUGGUGGUGCAAGUAAUGUUUCCUUGACGCAUUCUGAUGAUGAGAACGACAGUGAUUUGGGAAGUGAAAACGACCCUCGCAAAAUUUGGUGUAUCUGUAAACAGCCACAUGAUGACAGACAUACUCGUCGACAGCUGUCGAUAGCCUCAAUCAAACGAAGUACUAAUAGUACAAUAUUUAUGAUUUGUUGUGAUCAGUGUUCUGAGUGGUACCAUGGCGAGUGUGUUGGUGUAACAAAGAGACAAGGAAAAGAAAUGGAACAAGCAAAAAAAAAUUAUACCUGCCCUCCUUGUAAAGACAAAGAUAAAACAAUGAAUACACACGCUGAAAGUACUCCAGAUAAAACAGACAACUCUAAAGAUGAAGACAGAAAACCAGAUGAUGAAACAGAUACAAAGAGAAAAAGAAUCAAAAUAUUUAAAAAGCCUCUACCACAGCAGUACUGUAUUGGAUCACGUUGUGGUAAAUGGGCGAAAGAAAACACUGUUUAUUGUGGUAACGAGUGUCUUGAACGACAUGUAAAGGAAUCGCUAAGAAUGAUAGAAAAAGACAGAGAAAGAACACAUGGAGUCCAAACUAAAGCAGAUGGCCAGAGUGGAAAUAAAUCAGUUGAUGUAAAACUGAAAGCUGAUGAUAGGAUAGCUGUAAUUGAGCGGCAUACAGGGAGAAUGCUAGCAGGUAUCUCUGCACCAACAGUUGAACAUUUAUUCCCUUGGCUGAUAAGACAUGGUUCUUAUGAAAUAUUAAGACCAGGAAUUCAACACAGAUAUGCUGGCAUGUCACAACCAGCAAAAGAAAAAGAAGCGCAUGAAAAGAAGAGAGAUGAAAGAAAAGAACGAGACCACCAGCGUGAACGUGAGGAACGGGAAAAUGGGCACAGGAAAGAAAGAGAGCGUAGGAAAGAAAAGGAGCACAGAAAGGAAAUGGAAAACAGGUUGGAAAAGGAGCAUAGAAAAGAAAGAAAACACAGGAAGGAACAAGAACAAGAACUGAGUAAAGAGCCACCUCGCAGAAGGAAACGACAUUCCAAACCAGCAGCCCCUCCACCUCCUCCAUCACAGAGUGAUGUUAGACAUAACGUCAGAAAAACAUUAAAAGAACAAAUGAUUGGAAGAGCUAGAGAAAGCCGGGGCAUCAAGUUACGGUCUGAAGAAAUUGAAAAAGUGGUAAACCGCAUAGAACAUGAAUUGUUCAAAUUAUACCAGGAUACAAGUUCCAAGUACAAAGCGAAGUAUCGCACUUUGAUGUUCAACUUGAAAGACGUCAAUAAUAAGGGUCUAUUUCGUAGAGUUCUAAAGGGGGAUAUAUCUCCAUCUAAAUUGGUAGGUAUGACUUCAGAACAGAUGGCAUGCAAGGAACUUUUUGAGUGGAGGGAGAGAGAAGCUAAACAUACACUGGAGAUGCAGGUAAAGCAAGCAGAGGAAGAAUCUAGACACAUACAAUUAACAAAGAAAACACACAAAGGAGAAAUAGAAAUUGAAGAGGACAGUCUUGCAGAUUUGGAGGCUCCAUUGGAAAAAGCCAAACCAGAGAAAGCUCAACCAAUUGGAGUAAUGUUAACUGACACAACAGAACAACAUAAAACCCAUCUGUUUGAUUUGAACUGUAAAAUCUGUACUGGUAAAAUGGCGCCCCCUAGUGAUGAACCAUCUGCAUCAAAGAAACCUAAAAUUCUUGCUGCACUGAGUCCAACUGCUAAAGUGCCCCCAGUGGCAGGCAGUGGAAAUGAUUCAGUGAAAUCAGAAGAUACAGAAAGUAGCAGUGUGUUUGAUUCACCAAAACCGUCAACAUCUAUGGAUAUAGUAGAAGCAAGUCCUAUGCCUGAGAGUCCAGUCGAAGCGGAGUCCCCGCCUGCAUCUGUUGAUUGUAUCUCUGUCUGGAAAGGGUUUGUUGUGAUGCAGAACUUAGCUAAGUUUGCUACAGUGUCUUAUAAGGUAUCUGGACCAACAGGAAAUCUUAUGACGGAUUUACCGGACACUCUUCACUUGUGUGGUAGAAUAUCAUUUGAACAGGUGUAUGAUUACAUCAGUAAAAUUCGCACCUCUGCUACUAAAGAUAUCUGUAUCAUUCGUUUUCAAGCAGCCAACGAGGAAGAAAAAGUAUCGUAUAUAUCCAUGUAUUCCUACUUUAGUAGUCGACGGCGAUGUGGUGUUGUUGGCAAUAACACUAAACAUGUCAAAGAUAUGUAUUUGAUACCUUUGGCUGGCCAUGCUAAAAUUCCAUCUGCUUUAUUGCCAUUUGAUGGUCCAGGAUUGGAUGAAUUCAGGCCACACAUGUUGUUAGGGGUGAUCAUCAAACAAAAGCGUCAGAGACACAGCCUUCCCGGCCAAAUUGAAUCUCGUCACAGCCAAAAACACUCCAAACGACGCCACUCUGAGGAGACUACUAAAGUGAUAAAAAGACGGUUCUCUGAUGAUAGUCUUGAAUCUAAAUCACCACCAUUAUCCUCAGUGAUUACAGAAUGCAUGUUAAUGGAGAAAGAAGAAGACAUCAAACGUAAAGAGAGAAAACUACAAACUGAACUUUAUAUCACUGAGCAACAAAGUUAUGAUCCAAUUGUCAGACAAUUUGCAAAUAUUGAUCCUUCGAGUUUAGUUGCACCCGUUACAAGCAGCUUGGAAGAAGCUCCUUACUCUCCAAGUCAGGAAUAUGCGGCGGAGGCAGAAGAGAAACCGUAUGAUCCCUCAGACGAUGUCCUCGGAGAAUUCAGUAGUGAUGAUGAAGAAGAUGCUGAUAAUAAUGAUAAUGAUAUUGCUGACCUUUCUCCAACUUCGAAGGAGUUCACUGCACCAGUAUCUACUGUUACUCCCAAAAUUGUUGCCACUCCUAAAGCCCCUGUUAGUAAAGUAUCUGUACCCACAGUAAUGAACCAAAAUAGUAAUGUAUCUGCGCAGAAAUUACUAGAUACUGUUUUAGGAGAGGUCAAACAGGAAAAAGAGGUUGUGCCUCUAACUGUUGAUUCUAACUUGUCAGAACAAAAACAAAAACUUGCAACUCUUGCAAAAGAACUGGAACAAGCCAAGAAGGCACUUUUAGAAACUCAAAUUCAGAAUCUUCAGGCUGAUAUUUCUCGUACAACUAGUACGCUUGCUUCGGUAGCCUCACAGGCAUUGGACAAGCCUUGUGAGAAAAAUUCUGUUGUUGACAUUGUCAAAGAUGAUAGAGGUGCCAAGUCUAUAGCUGCUUCCAAAAUAGAAUCUGAAGAAUCUGCAAAAACUAAUACAAAAACAAAGUCUGAUGCAACGAAAAUAGAUGUUGAUAAUGCCGCCACCAAGACUGAAUCAGCAGAUGACGAUCCUGCUAUAACAAUUCCUGGUUUAGGAUUUGAUGUAUCGUCAUCGUCAUCCAGCUUUCUGUCACCAACUGCCAGUUUCCUAAGUCCACAGGGUAUGGAUAGUGGAAAGUCUAGUCCCCUGCAGGAACCUGUUCCAGAACCUGCUCUGGAACCUCCACCGAGUGGAUUAACAAAACAUGCAGAGGAAGUUACAAAACCAGCUGUAAAAAUUCCUAAAGCGCCUGAAGAACUUCCUAAAGCCCCUGAGGAUCUUCGGAAAGCCACAGAAGACUUUCCAAGGCAUCACCAAGAAAGGAGGACAUCUUCAGAAGAUGAUUCUCUGCCAUCAUUUCGAAGGGGUUCGCGGGAAAGGGUUCAUGUACACGAACAGUAUGAUGAUCGGCCCAGUCGGUUUGGUCGUGAUUAUGAUAAGGAUGAACGUCGACCUCGGAGAGACUCAGACAGAGAUCAUCGUGAUCAUAAUCGUGGAUGGGAAAGGGACAGACAUUGGGGAGGUGAUGAUAGACACUGGCAAGAUGGUUAUGAUAGAGGUCAGGGUUGGGGACGUGGCCGUGGCAGAGGUCGUGGUCGUGGCAGUGGUGGUGGUGGAUUUAGAUCUUAUGAUAGAUGGAGGCAAAACCAUCACCGCAGAUGAUCAUUGUUUUUUGUCAGUUUAUUUUAAGUAUAAUUUUUAAUUUAACUGUAAAGGUGAAAACAUAACCUCAUUUUUUUUUCCUUUUCAAAUAAUGCAUUUAUUACAUAAUUUGUACCUUAACUUAUGCCAGUCACUAGAGGGCAGUGUCUUUGAGAUGAGCAUUCAAAACAUGGAACCUUCCCAGGGAACCAUUUAGCAUUAUUCAGAAUCAAGCAAAGUAGCCAUUUUGGAUUAUGCAGAAGCCAGGUAACCAUUUUGGAUCAUGCAGAAGCCAGGUGGCCAUUUUGGAUCAUGCAGAAGCCAGGUAGCCAUUUUGCAUUAUGCAGAAGCCAGGUAGCCGUUUUGCAUUAUGCAGAAGCCAGGUAGCCAUUUUGCAUUAUGCAGAAGCCAGGUAGCCAUUUUGGAUCAUGCAGAAGCCAGGUAGCCAUUUUGCAUUUUGCUUUAUGCAGAAGCCAGGUAGCCGUUUUGCAUUAUGCAGAAUUUGUUGCAUUAAUGUUUUCUUGGGCAUUAUUAUCUAGUUACCUCACCUUACAUGAACAAGGUGGUAUUGUUACAAUGGUGGCGUGUAGGGAGAAACAACAUAUUUGCUUAAUAACGGAUUACAAGUGUUGCUGUUACAGAUACCAACCAUAUUUUCGGGAUUAUGAAUUUUUGUUUCAGUUAUAUUCUAGGUGCUUCUGUUUGUGGUAAUACUAAAAAACAAUAAAUACACACAUGUACAUGUAUUGCUAUUAUAUGUACAACAAGUAAUGGUAUCUGUAGUUUCCUGGCUUUAAUGCAACCCAAAUAAAUGUAUGCAGCACAUGUUGAACAAAAAAUAAGACUUUUGAUAGGUGUCGCACAAAUUGCUUUGUUUAUUUACAAGAAAUUGAAAUAUGUGCUGUAUUUCUUUAAGAUAGGAGUUUUAGAUUCUCUUGGAAUAUUUGCUCCUUCAAUACAGCUAGUGUGCUCUUUAAGUCUGUGCAUGUCAUUGAUGAAUGGGGAUUUUCUGUAACGUAACUAGUAAUGCUUAUUGUCU